ACAACAUCAGCCGGUCCAUAUAUUUGUACGAAAUCCCCGGUCACCACGAUGGACGUACCGGAACCAUCGUCAAUGAUGAAUCUGCGGCUAAGGAGGCGAGCGUGCCUCAGCUGCACCGGCGCCAAGGUCAAGUGCACUUCUUCUUCGUUGGGCGCAGAAUCAUGCGGAAGAUGUGAAAGAUUGGGCAAAGAAUGCGUCUAUGCAGAGCCUUCUUCUGGGGCAAGAACAAAUCGGAGAGAAGCCUCGUGAGUGUCACAACCACAUCUGCUGUCUGCAUGGUCUUGUAGGAUUAGAGGUCUAUGAGAGCGCUUUAGAAUAGCGUGCACAAAAGAAGUGACUUGAUGAAGUCACUUAUUCA